AUGUAGCAUCCUUCUGUCACUCGUAUCGUGUAGUCUUAUCUUUAAAUGGCAUUGUUGAGUCACGCUGUGGUUACACUGGCAACUCCGUGAAAUGGUUAGAAAAAGCCCAUCAGAAGUCAACAAUUGUGCAGGAAAUGUUUGACUUUUGGGUGCACGGUAAGACAGGAAGUAUGCUAACCCACAGGAGAACAACAAUUACACAACUAUACUGUAUUACGUUGCUGUGUUGUUCCUUCGAUUUGUUUACGAACAGUCUUUCAUGUCUUUUAUUGGAUCCAUCAGUAAAAAAAUAUUAGAACUGACAUUAAUGUUGAGAACAAAAUGAAAGAAGACGUUUAAACUUUUAAAUAAAACACUAAAAUAGAUUUUAGAUACUGAUCUUGGGAGGGAGUGUCUCUCUCAGUGAUGCAUGUGGAUGAGAUCCAGAGAAAAAUAAACAUGAAAGAACAGGUCUCCAAGGUGAGUGGCAGUCGCUCAUCCAAAACCUUCAAGCCCAAGAAAAACAUCCCGGAGGGUUCACAUCAGUAUGAACUUCUGAAGCAUGCUGAAGCAACGUUGGGAAGCGGAAACCUAAGACAAGCAGUCAUGCUACCUGAGGGGGAGGACCUGAAUGAGUGGAUCGCAGUGAACACUGUGGAUUUCUUCAACCAAAUCAACAUGUUGUAUGGAACCAUCACUGAGUUCUGCACCGAGACCAGCUGCUCCGUGAUGUCAGCAGGACCAAGAUAUGAAUACCACUGGGCUGAUGGCACCAACAUAAAGAAGCCUAUCAAAUGUUCUGCUCCCAAAUACAUCGACUAUCUCAUGACCUGGGUGCAGGAUCAGCUGGAUGACGAGACUCUUUUUCCGUCCAAGAUUGGCGUUCCCUUUCCAAAAAACUUCAUGUCUGUGGCAAAAACCAUCCUGAAGAGGCUGUUCAGAGUUUACGCUCACAUCUACCACCAACACUUCGACUCUGUGAUGCAGUUGCAGGAGGAGGCUCACCUCAACACUUCCUUCAAGCACUUCAUCUUCUUUGUGCAGGAGUUCAACCUUAUUGACCGACGAGAGCUGGCCCCUCUGCAGGACUUGAUUGAGAAGCUCGGAUCCAAGGACAGAUAGACCUUUAAUCAGAUGCCGUCUUCACAUGUCUUCUAGCUCUCGUCCUCUUGGACCUCUGCUACCUCCGACUUCUGGUCUCCACUCUGGUGCCUUUUCCAUUCUUUCACCUGAGCUUUUCCGCUGCACCUGUCCAUUCCACCUGAUGUUUUCCAUAUUUUUCCCUCUAGAUUGAAUAUUAUAGCACAACAUAUGCAUAUUUUUCAAUAGGAUUAUAGUUGAGAAGUUUUAAAAGUGAAUUUUAUGAAAGUGAAAAGCAUUUUCCUCCUAGAAACUUGAGUCGGUGCACACGCAUACCUGUUCGUAGACAUAGGGACAAUGACCAACACAUUUUUAUACAGCUGGGUUUUAGUGAUUUUUUUUGUAGAAAGCAGGACAUUUCUAACAUUUCAUUCUUCACGACUGUGAGAACCCACACCAAGGUUAAGUUCUGUGAUUUUGUUUUUUUUAACUGUUAUAUCUAAAUGCUGUGAGUGUUGGCCCUCAUGUUAGAAGUCACAAACCAGGUGAGAGCACUGAGCAGUGAUUGUGUAGCCUAGUCAGUGCCCCCCUAAAUCUUUCAUUAUGACUGAAAUGUAGCCACUUUGUUCUGUGGAUUUGUAUUUGUAUUUUUUUUUCAUUGAAUACACAAUCUAAUUAGUAGAAAGUCAAACAGCAAUAUGUUUUAUCUGUCAUGUUUUUAUAUGAAACCACAUGAAUCUAUUUUUUGUUAAAGAUCUAGAGAGAAAAAACCAAUAGCCAUGGAUUAUUUUUGUGUGUGUCAUCUUUAGUUUAUAUUAUCGGUGCCUAAAAAUGAAGGAGUGCGCAUGUAUUCCUAUUUGUGGUACUGAAAUCUUUUGCUGAUUCGUGACAACCAUUGCACAAAAAGACUUAAUUACUUUUAUGAUCAUCAUUUGGCUCAGGCAGCAGGGCUGUUUGUGUGGCCAAUGUUUUCGGACAUUCCGCUGUCAGGUUAGCUUCGUAACAGCUCCACGUGUCAUUUGAUAUAUCUCUGUUUAUGAUUCAAUGCUGUCAACAUUAUGGAUUAAAUUUCUUGAUGUUGCCCGGGAAAAAAAAAAACUCCCCUCUUGUACGUCAGAAGUGAUCAGUCAAGAUUUUAUUUGAAUAUU